CAGGCGCACGGUUGUAGGCCAGUGGCCGGCUACUGCCAAAUCUCGCGAAACUCAUUUUCCCUCCCGGGAAGUUGCCAGAACUAACUCUGGGCAGCAUGGCUCCAUUCUGGCUUCUCUAAGCGCUCACGAAAAACUUUAUUGACAAAGCUUCCAGAGAACAGACAGUGGACUCAGGAGGCUGAAGCUAAACUGGAUUGGGGCAGGAGAGCCAACAGCGAGGGGCGUCCCAGUGAUCUGCCCUCAGUCUCUCCCCAUUUGAGCCGAGCGUCUUUCAGGUUACUGGUUAGAGUGACUCCAAUUCUCCCUUUUUUCCAUAAUUAAAAAAAAAAAAAGUUAAAAUUUUCUUGGAAAAAGCCAAGGAUCACAUAGGAGUAAGUCCCAGUGAGACUUUUGUACAAGCAUCGCGCCUUUCAGCUCCACCUCCGAAAGAUUUCCAGCUUGCGUAUCUCUUUCACACCAGCCCAGCAAACAUUUAUUGAAUACUUGCUGUCUUCCAACCACCGUGCUGAGGACACAGAGGUGAGCAAGCUAGACACUAACCGUGGUCUCACAGAGUUCCAAUGCCUUUAGGAAUAAGAUCGCACAGGAAUGAGAAGCCACCUUUUCUCCCACUCGCUCACGUAGAAGGAUCACCUGCUAUCUAACAUGGAUUUGUAUUGCUCUCUUAACCUUAAUAAGUUAAAAAGCAAGGUGUCCCCGAGCCUGUUUACAGGUUGCAAUGGGAACAUAAAUUUCCCUUCCACCACUAUGCUCUUGGCUCCAGCCACCUGACCCUCUUUCUGCUCCUGAAACAGUCUGUCCUUCCUACCUGUUGGCCUUUCACUUGCUGUUCCUCUGCCUGGAACACUCAUACUCCUGAUUUCCCAUCAGGUCUCGGCUGGAAUGUCACCCUGUCAAAGAGACUUUCCUUAUUGAAAUUGUCUUUUUGGCUUAGUUGCUAGGUUUUUUAAUUAUCUAUCACCCCAAUAGAACAAAAGCUCCUCAAGGACAGGGACCUUGGCUGUCACCUUGUUUUCUUCUGGGUCAGUACCUAAAAUAGCAUCUAGCUAAUAAUACUUCAAUAAGUAUUUACUGAAUAAAUAAAUGUACAAAUUCCACCUCUUUUCUGGGCAUUCCAACUUAUUCCAAUACCUGCGAAUAUACAAACCCACUCUUCCUCCUCUGCUUUCCUAGCUGGGAGCCCCUACACAUCCCAUGUACCUAAAAAGUGUACUGGUGCCUAUGCCCACCUGCACCCCCACUUCCAGAAAGAAUGAAGUCCCUCCUCUAAUGCCUUUUCUGUCGGCCAAUUCAGCUGGGCGGGGCCUGCUCCUUUAAUCUGGGCCCCACCUGCUCUGGUCAGACAGGUUUGGAGACACAGGUAAAGAGAGGGAGACGGAGAGAAAUACUUGUAGAGCCAGCAGGGAGCUGGGCAGCUCCUUCCCAGACACCGGCCAGGACCCUCCACCUGUCUCCAGAUGGAAAGGUGACAUGACCUCGCUGUAGACCCCAGAACUGAGGCCUCAGCAUGACCAAACCUGAGACCGUAGCCCUGUUGGAAGUGAAGGGGUCCGAGGCUUUGGAAAAGAGCCCACCUCAGGCUUUGGUUCCCAAUGGCCAGCAGCCAGAAGGGGAAGGUGGGGCUGAGUCCCCCAGAGCUGAGUCCCCCAGAGUGGAGUCUUCGGUUGGGUCUCCCAUGGCUGGAGAGGGGACUGAGGAUGGUCUGGACAGCACAGUGAGCGAGGCUGCCACCUUGCCCUGGGGGACUGGCCCCCAGCCCAGUGCUCCGUUCCCAGACCCCCCCGGCUGGCGGGGCAUUGGGCCAGAGUCCCUAGAGUCAGAGCCACCUCCCAGGCCAGAGGAGCCAUCCGAAGAUGAUGUGAACCUGCUGCCUGAGAAGGCAGCCCGCGCCUUUGUGCCCAUCGACCUACAAUGCAUUGAGCGGCGGCCCCAGGAGGACCUCAUAGUGCGCUGUGAGUCAGGCGAGGAGGAGCGCCGGGCCUUUCUGCCCACCCGGGCCACCCACCCUGAGCCCCCUGAGCGCAAGUGGGCUGAGGCAGUGGUGAGGCCACCUAGCCGGUCCUGCAAGGGCUGUGGGAGCCGUGAGGGGCUGAGGGCCGUGGCCUCGGUAGGGGCUGCCCUCAUCCUCUUCCCCUGCCUACUGUAUGGGGCAUAUGCCUUCUUGCCCUUCGAUGCCCCUCGGCUGCCCACAGUGAGUUCCCGUCUGGUCUACACGCUGCGCUGCGGGGUCUUUGCCACCUUCCCCAUCGUGCUGGGAAUCCUGGUAUAUGGGCUGAGCCUGCUGUGCUUUUCUGCCCUACGGCCCUUUGGGGAGCCCCGGCGGGAGGUGGAGAUCCACCGGCGAUAUGUGGCCCAGUCGGUGCAGCUCUUCAUCCUCUACUUCUUCAACCUGGCCGUGCUUUCCACCUACCUGCCCCAGGACACCCUCAAGCUGCUCCCACUGCUCACUGGCCUCUUUGCCAUCUCCAGGCUGAUAUACUGGCUGACCUUCGCCGUGGGCCGCUCCUUCCGAGGCUUUGGCUACGGCUUGACGUUCCUGCCGCUGCUGGCCAUGCUGGUGUGGAACCUCUACUACAUGUUCGUGGUGGAGCCCGAGCGCAUGCUCACUGCGGCGGAGAGCCGCCUGGACUACCCGGACCACGCCCACUCCGCCUCCAUCUACAGGCCCCGCCCCUGGGGCUGAGCCGCUGGCCCUCCAGUCUCCCGGGUUCGCGGGUGGGCUGAUCCCGGAUGGGCUUGGGGCACUUCUCUGAAUGGGUUUGCUGGCCUGGACUUUGCCCCAAUCCUGGUGCCUCUGAGGGAUGAAUCCCGCUACUGCCCUAGGGGUCCCAUGCAAUCAGAGCCCGCACCGUCCUCUGUUCCCCUGCCAGCGCGGCUCUUCACAGUCAUGAGGCAGGGUUUUAGUUUUCUUGCAGGGAAAGAGAUGAACCACUCCGUCCUUUAAGGAUGCUGAGGGCACAGGGGCCAGAAACAGGGAGGUUUUUUCCUGAGCAGCCUCCCACCACUGCCACACAAGGCCCACUAAUGCUGGACUCUGCCCCCUCCCAAGGCCCCUGCUAAGUAGGUAGCAGAGCCACAGCCAAACCUUUGAUCAUUUCUGUGUCUGACAUGCUAUGAGACAGGACUUUGAAGUUUGGUGAAAACCUUCCCUAGGGGGUCUGGGUUUGGGAUGACCUGCCCUUUAGCCUCAGCCAAGAUUAUUCCAGUUGUCCCAACCCAGGGCUGCUGCCUCAUCCCUUCCAACAUAUUUAGGCCCCUGUGACUUCCCACCUCUAAAGUGCCCACAAAUCACACCUCUUGCAUGGGAAAAGGGGAGCAGACAGGGAAACCUGCCUCCCAAGAGCACAAAAAGUGGCUGUGGAGUGAGUGUAUGACCAUGCAUGUGGCAGCUGGGGAGUGACUGGACGGCACAGUGGCAAAUGUUAACCGAGUG